ACCGAAGCCGUUUUCAAAAAUUUGUGACAUCGCAUCUGGGACCCCUACAUUUCCUCGAACUGUCAAUGUCACCUCGAUUAUCACCCACUUGCAAAAUUGAACGACGCCGAGCUCUCCAUUCGCAGCAGCUUUUAUGUUCUUUGCUGACUCACCGAACUUGUUUUCUGUUGUGCUCCACAGCUGGCGAUCGUCGCUCAUACUCCAUCGGAAAGCUGCCGCCAAGCCCCAGAUAAAACAUAAACAAAGAGCAAAGUGGAAAACAAGCCACAGAGCGGAGAAGCGACGACGUCGCGCGAACUUAAAAAUAUCGAACCGACCCAACGUCACCGUCAGCGGAGAGGAGACGCGACUGCGAGCCAGCGUUAGAGGCAGAGAACUCACUUCAGUGAACGCGAAAAACAGUUAAUAAACAAAGGAAAAAGCGCAAGCGACGACACAAACUGUGGAAACAACAAAACAGAACAGAAUAUCGCUAGGUUUUCGUGUGAAGUGAAAAAAACAUUUUGCCAAGUUUUGCGCUAGAAUUCGUGAAGAAAGGACUGUCCAGCGUCAAGUGAAAAGUUUUGCGUCAAUUAUCGAGUGCUGAUUCGGAAGUAAUUCUUGUGCGGUAAAUUACGCGAGGAAAAAUACGAGUUUGACCUUGAAUUCCUUGGAGAAACCUUCGAACGCGUCCUAAGGGCUCCCGUGAUCCGAUCGAAAGCGAAUCGUUGCGAGUUUUCCCUCAUUUCGAGCUUCCUGGUGCCAACAGAUCCCCGCGUAGAUCAGCUGUCCGUUGUUUAUAUUGUCCCGUGCGCGAGAGCUCAUCGCUUCAAUUGGCAAAUUUCGGUCCAGUCGCCCGUUCCCCGACACCAUUUCCAUGAUUACCUACAACAUCAACUUCAACCAGGAUUUCACGUCUCUUGCUGUUGUGGGAACCACAGGAUAUCGUCUAUUCACCCUUUCAUCCGUCGAAAAAGUCGAAGAGAUCUUCUGCAGUCACAAUGAGAACACUCGCAUUGCAGAGCGUCUUUUCAGCAGUAGCCUUGUGGCAGUGGUUACGGUGGCCGAGCCGAAUAAGCUGAAAAUAUGUCAUUUCAAAAAAGGAUCGGAAAUAUGCAACUACAGUUACCCAUCCGACAUAUUGUCGGUACGCCUGAAUCGGGCUCGAUUAAUUGUAAGCCUGCGGGACAGCAUCUACAUUCACAAUAUCCGAGACAUGAAACUUUUGCAUUCCAUUCGACACGUUUCACCCAACGAGGUGGGAUUAUGUUCGUUGUCCUUGAAUUCUCACCUGGCCUAUCCGAUCUCGUCGACAAACGGUGAACUGCAGAUUUUCGAUGCCAAUAAACUCUUGAUGGGAGUGAAUAUCCAAGCACACGAUUCAUCGUUGUCGGCUAUAAAUUUCUCACCGGAUGGCGCUCUAAUUGCGACCGCAUCCGAACGUGGAACUGUGAUACGAGUCUUUUGUACAAAAAAUGCCCGAAAGGUGCAUGAGUUUCGACGAGGCGUGAAACGAAAUGUUAACAUUGCUUCGUUGAUGUUCAACUCAUGCGCUGAAUUUCUUUGUGCCAGUUCAAAUACAGAAACCGUGCAUAUAUUUAAGAUUGAUGGGAAAUUGGUUGAGAAUGCGGAACGUCAGAGUAUGGCGGAUUCAAGCGCUCCGCCCUCAUCUAGCGAGGAGGAAUCCAAGGAGAGCCUUGAAGAUGCGUCUGUGAAAGCAGAGGAAUCGUCAUCCAGUUGGACGGGAUUCUUCAGUAAGGCGGUCCAGUCGUAUCUCCCUAGUCAAGUGAGUGAUGUGUUCAGCCAGGAUCGGGCUUUUGCUACGGUUCAACUGAAUCAACCUGGAUUGAAGUACGUUUGUGCUUUGGCGAAGUUGGAGAAGCAAACGAGGCUUUUGAUGGCAUGCGAAGAUGGAUUCCUGUAUAUUUAUGAAUUUAAUGAGGCGAGGAAGGGAGGCGAUUGUAAACUGAUACGUGUGCACGAUUUAAGGAAUCCGCUGGAAGGUGUUACGGAACUGGACAUGAACGAUAGUUAUUGUGAUAGAUCUCAAUCAUCCUUAGAUAAUAUUAGCAGCAAUAGUAGUAAAAAUAGCUCACCAAAAUCUCAAUGUACAUACGCCGGAAUUUUGAAGGGAUCGAAAAAGGAUAUACUUACAGUAGAAUCUGAUAAAUGUCGAGAUCUUAGCGAGGCUGUGGACUAUCCGACGAAAAGUAUAUUUGAUGAUAGGCAAUUUCCACCCGUAGCGACAGUACGCGAAUGACCACGAAAAAAGUGUAAUUUAGAUGAAGCAAUUUAAAAUAGUGUGGAAUGGAAUGAAAGUAAUUUAAAUGAUAUCAUAAAGUGGCUAUUCGAUUUUUGAUCUUUUGUUUCUCAAAUUUUAAUCCAUUUGAAUGUUAGAAAAUUCGUCAAGGAAAUAUCAAUUUCUUAGCUUUUGAGGGGGAAUAUAUUUCAAAGGGAAUCGUGUUGCUUAAUUUCACCUUUUUUCAGUAGCCUUACAGUCUUGUUAUUGCCUAUCGUUUUAUUGUAAUUAUACAUGAAUUUGCAGUUGAUAAAUAUAAAAUUUGUUGUGAGUUUCAUUCUGAAAGAACUUUCAAAAAUAUUUGUUGAGGAUCUUUUUUUUUACAAACCGGUUUUGCUGCGUCUAAAAUUUAGGCUUGAAUUAUCCAUAUCAUCCAUAAUAAUUUAAACUUGUUGAGCUAAUGCCUUACUAUCGCCGCUACUGCGCGUGAAUUAGAACGUGUUUGAUACCUUCCUAAGUUGUCGUUUCCUUUUAACCUCCUCCCAUUUAUUUAUCCCGAAGGAAAUAUUCUCAUCGCUGCAAUUCGAUUCUUUUAAAUUAAUCAUUUUUUUAUUAGAAAAAUCCCAUGACCAAGUACCUGAAAAAGUGUAAUCUCGGGUUAUAACUACAAAGCGCUAAUAAAAAGUAAUUCUACAUUUAAUCAUUUCUAGUAAAUUUUUUAUUGUGAUCAUAGUAGAGAAAACUCCAUUCUAUGCGACAAAAACAAGCAAAAAAAUUAUAAAAAUACUCGUUAAUGUAGAAAAUCAACAAAAAAAAAUUCUUGUAAGACAAAAUACGUCCUAAUGAAUUCCAAGGUUCUCUUUACAAACACAGAAUUGUGGAGUAAGUCCUAUUUAAUUACGAAUAGACAUACGAGGCUGCAUUCCUUACUAAUAAAGAAAAAAAUAACAAAAAAGAGCAACUAAGUAUGUCGCUGUUUAUUAAAAAUCAAUUACAAUGCACAAAAAUAUUCUAUUCAUUGCAAUAGACGCAAUUUUUCUAGUAAUUGUUUGUUGGGACAAAUAUUAUCUUUCACAUGAGCUUGUUACUAUCAAAAAAACAAUUAUUGACAGGAUUUCAGCUUGAUUAUUCGACUCAUCAUCGAUUCAAUGCUUCUUUGUUUCUCUACCGAAUUAAUAUGUUUUAAUUUAUUUUUUUGAACUAAGGCCAUGCUCUCGAUUGAAUGAGAGCUAUUGGCUUAGUAUUAAUUUAUCAUGAGGAUUUUAGUGUAAAUAUUUGUAUUAGCUUGAAAUUAAAGCGGAAGAAAGAAAUUUAAAUUUAAAAAAAAAUGUAAAAAUUAUGUGAAAAUUCGAAAAAAA